GUCAGAAGCUCUUUAUGUCUGGCAAGAUUAAGGUCAAAGGUGCCAUCAUGAUGGCCACCAAGCUCGACUCUGUUCUCAACGCUGCCAAAGACAAGUCUGGUUUCAAGGCCAAGCUUUAAAUGAUAAAAAAGAAAGUAUUUUUUCCUUUUCCUUUCAUACUCCUCCCUAAGAACGCAUUCAAACUUGGAUCCGUUAUUGUGAAUAAUAAUAAAAAAACGUGUAACAUUAUCCAAUUAUAUCUGUUGCACAUAGUGCUACACAGAGUGCUUGGGCCGCCACUCCGGCUCACUAUUCUGCAACUGGACAAAACUAAUUGCGGCGUGUACAAUGUACCCAUUCCCUUUCUUUUUUUCAAUCCUAUUCUGCCAUUAUUUUUUCAUUUGCUGCUACCAUGCUUAUCAUCAAGUGCUUCCUUCUCUCUUUUAUCGUGAGUAUGGCAUUAACCUCGAGCAGAAGCAGUGGUGAAGCUAUAGUUAGCUAUACCCGUCUAUCUGGCGAAGACACAACAGAUCCGGAUGCAAAAGUGGGAAUUGAUAUCUUUAAGGAUUUUCGCAAUCAUGCUGCAGCGGCUGCAAGUAUCCUUGUGUAUAGUGCUGAAGUAGUCGACUAUCGACCUCAGGAAAAGGGAAUAAUCUAUGAUGACAAGAUCUAUGGCCGAUACAAGCAAGAGAUUGCCAACUUUAAAGGCUUCAAUUUGAAUGAACUUUAUGAGGCGAUCAUGAGCAAGGGCUAUCAAUCGGGCAUCAAUGAUGCUAAAGAAGUGGCAGAGAUUUUUGUGAAACGGCUGUUACCAUGGAGGCUGUAUGGACUUGUAGCUCGAGCCACGGAGCAAUGGCGAUUAAGCCAGGUUGUGGUCCGCAACAUAUGGAAGAAAGAGGAUGAAGGCGGGGGUGAUUUGGGUGGUAAUGAUCCAGAAGAGCGAAGUGUCCUUGUUGAGAUUAUUGAUCUUAGUCUGAGACUCGAAAUUGAUCAGGAGACAGGUUAUGUUGAGAUCGCCAGCAACCAAAAGGCGGCGAUUCGGACUGCAGCAUGGAGUGUUAACGGUUUGUAUCUGAAAAGAUAUGCUAAAACUCUUGCUCAAAAGAUCCUUAUCUGGAGCGUGGAAGAGGCGAAUGAAAGACUUUCAACUGGUGGUUUAAUGGAGGCACAGGUGCAGGUCUUGAGUGGCUUUGAGGCUGAAGAUUUUUUGAAGGCUUGGAUGAAUGAUAAUGAUCUUGCAGCCAAAAGCCGGCAUUCCCACGUACUCGUAGCUAUCCCCGUUAACGAAUAUAUCGCCAAUUUUAUUUGGUCACGAUACCUUAUAUUUUUAAUCUAA